AUGGAGUCAACACCUUUGCCUAAACUUCGUAUAGUUCCUUCAUCAGAUCCUGGUUUUGAUUCUCACCACUUUUCAGUUCCUCCUCCCCUAAACACUUCCUCAAAUUCUUAUCCCUUUCCCUCCACAUCAAAUAUCCCGCACUAUUCUUCUGCAAAUUUGUCAAAUCCUCGACCCUUUACAUCUGUAAAUCGUACCGUUAGUAACGAUGAAGUUGUGUUAUUUGCAGUACAUCCUCAAACUAUUGUUAGACCUUUAAGGCGUCGUGUGUAUCAUAGGAUUGGAGAGGCCUUGGAAGCCCUUUUAUCCAGUCUGGAGGCUAAGGGAUAUACUAGGAGUUCAGUUUUGGCUCGUUUAAGAUCCACUCCCUGGUUUCCCAGACUUUUUGACUACGAUGGCAUCGGUUGGCUUAUUAAAAUCUUUCAGAAUUAUGUCUGUCAUUCUCACACCCUCGUGGUUCCCCUUCUAUUUAAGGAGGUCUAUGAGGUUUACGCCCCUGAGAUGGAUCGCACCUGUGCCAGUCAGGUUCUAAGAAUCGGAUUAAACUCUGACACUGAUAAUAGAAAGGUCUUACUAAUGGGCGCAAUCGAUUUCACUGAGGAAACUAUGUCAAUUUACAGAAACCCUCUUGACCAUAAUAAUUCACUUAGUGUAUCAAGAGUUAAUAAAUCAGUUGACAGAUUUAAUCAUUCUAAUCUAAAGAUAACCCCUGUUAAUGUAGAUAAAACGCCAGGGCACUUUGAAAAUGCUUCAAACAACACUGUGCCAGAUACAGAUAGCGGAACGAUAGGGAAUAGGGACUUUUUUAUGAACGAGCAGAACUUGACGUUAUUCACAUCAUUCCUUCCUAAGUUGAGGGAAGUUCUUCGAGAGAGGACUUCGAAGUUGCGGGAGUUGGAAAAAACUCUAGAGUAUGAAGAAAGGGAAAAGGAAGAGCGUCAGAGGCUCUUGCUGAAAAACGCGUACAAACUUGUUCAUCGGAGAGUAGAAGACGAGUUCAACGCAUUUGAAAGGAAUUUGUCAGUUUUCGAGAACAUUUUUGAGACAAAAUACUCAAAAUCAAAACUGGCCAACUCCAUGGAAGAAUUAAACAAAAACAUGACCAUACUAAAUACAUACAUUAAUAAUUUCUUCACAUGA